GGCUCUACGCACACACAACCCUAAGGUAGUAGUCUAAGUAAGCGUAAGUGAGUGAGUGUUUAGCUACCACCACCAUAAUCACCCUUCUAGCCCCCGGUAUUCCACUCCCGCAUUUGACUGUCGAGCGAUAGUCCCAACCGCCGAUGGCAGGCCUUCACAAAAUCAUUGUCGGGCUCGACUUUGGUACGUUUCUCUAUCAUGAUUUUCCAAUCGGAACCUAACUAAAAUCUCCCCCUCAUCUAGGAACAACAUAUUCCGCCCUCGCCUGGGCGUCAACCAACCUUCCGGGUCAAAUCAACCUGAUAGGAAACUGGCCGAGCGCUGGGAUCCUAACCCACCACAGUGCGCCCACCGAGAUCGCCUACCACGAGGGCGGCACAACAGACUUCUCCUGGGGCUACGACAUCCCGAGAACUGUACGGAGAUUGAAGUGGUUCAAGCUGCUUCUGGAGAGUAACGAUGAGCAUGUGCAGAGUGGGAUGCCUCUGCCACCGGGGAUGACGGCGAUGGAUGUCACCCGGGAUUUCUUCUCAGCCCUCUACCAGCACGCUAUGAGCACACUUUGGAAGCAGAAUGGGGAGGCGGUGAUGUCGAUGACGAGAGUAGAUUUCGUGCUUACGGUGCCGGCGGUUUGGUCGGACACUGCCAAACAGAGUAUGUUUCUCUUUCUUCUCCUGGGAUUGGCUAAUGGGUUGCGUCUGUGGGUUACCGGGAUUUCUGAUCAGUCAUAGGGACAAGAGAAGCGGCGAUCGCGGCGGGGAUGUUGAAUGAACAUAACCUUUCGUUGCUAUCAGAGCCGGAGGCUGCGGCGAUAUAUACUAUUAAGAAUCAGGAUAGGAAUGCUAUAAACGUAUGUUGCUUGCUUCUCGUGACAAACUUAGCUAACCUCCCAAGGUUCACGACAAGAUCGUAGUCUGUGAUGCUGGCGGCGGAACAGUCGUGAGUCUACCCCCGCAUAAGCCGAAGUAACAGCCUAGCUAACCGAGAUUUAGGACUUGAUCUCUUACACGGUCCUUAGUAUCAACCCUCUAAAAGUAACGGAAUGUGCUGUGGGGACGGGUAAAUCCUCCCCGAGCCCAUAAGAUGCCUUAGAAUACUGAUCCUUAAUUCCAUAGGCGAUUUCUGCGGCUCAACCUACAUUGAUCGUAACUUCGAAAAGUUGCUUCAGCAACGCCUGGGCAGCCACUACAACACCCUACGUGUAGAAACCCAACAGCGUAUCGUAAAAAACUUCGAAGAGGUGAAGUGUGCGUUUAGGGAUAAACCUGACCAAAGUUUAUAUCACGUGAAUGUCCCAACCGUAGACACGAUCCAAGAAGCGGGGAUAUAUAGCGGGGAGUUCCAAUUGACUCGGUAAGUCUAUGGGAUCAAGUGGGCUUAAGUAUGCUAGGCGGCUACUAACAAACGGAGUAACUAGUGAGGAAAUGAGAGGACUGUUUGAUCCGGUAAUCGACCAAAUCAUGAUUUUGAUAAGCAGUCAAAUACAAUCCAUCUCCAGAGAGGGAAGUAACGUAAACGUAGACUAUGUCCCCUCCACAACUGCUUCGCGGUAUCAUGUAUACUAACUGAACUACAGUCUGUCCUCCUCGUCGGCGGCUUUGGAGAAUCCCCGUACCUCUUCCAACGCCUGGAAGCCUGGUGCCGGCAAUGGGGGAUAAGUGCCAUCUCCCCCCACGGAGCGUACCUCCCCCGACUUCGUUCCCUUCCACGCAGCCGCUAACACACCCUCCCAGCGCAACAGCGGUGGUAAAAGGGGCCGUCCUACGGGGCCUCGAACCAUCCCUACCUCUCCAAGUAAGCACCGUUGUCCGGCGCGCCCGUCGGCAUUACGGCACCCCAAUGAGCACCCUCUUCAUCCCGGGCCAACAUGGCGAGCGCGAUGCCUACACCGACCCAAUAACCGGCCGCAAGAUGGCGCGCAACCAAGUAUCCUGGUUCCUGGCAAAGGGAGAGCCAAUAACCGACGACCGACGCAUAACCAAGAACUUUUGCCGAAGCUUCAGGAAAUACUCCGGACCGUGGGUCGAUAGUAUGGUGGCGUGCGACCUGGACAGCCCGCCUAGCAGGGUCACGCAAGAUGUCAAGCAUGUUUGCAAUAUCUCGGCAGAUCUGAGCACCGUGAGAAAGUCCUGUUACGAGAAGAAGUGGAAGAACUGGAGGAGGUUUUACGUCGCGAGAUAUAAUCUAGAUUUGACGAUUUCGAGUGGGGAUAUGAAGUUUGAGUUGAUUUUCAGGGGGGCAAGUUUUGGGGUGAGCCUGGCCCCGUUCUUAUUUAGUGUGGCGCUAAGAUAGAGCUGACGGUGGGAUGUAGGGUAUUUCGGUGACUUUCGACCUGUAGGUGUGGAUUGGUAGAGGUUAUGGGUGGGGGAUCGUUAGCGGUCAUGAUAUAUCCUUCUUGUGGUCUACCCUCAGGGUUUUGUGGAGAGAGGAGCACUCGAGCUUGGUUGCGAGAAAAACUCCCUCGAGUAGUGGAUGAUGAAGAUUGUAUCAUACGCUUUAUAUACACGUCAAACAAACCCCU